UGAGUACUCACGACGAACGCCGUCCACACGCCCCAGAGCACUUCGAACACGAGGCUGCCGGCGAGCAUGGGCAAGGGAGCAGGCGCCGCCGGCGUGGACGAGCCGCUGCUCCCGGAGUUCUCGGGCGGGCACGGCGGCGGGGCGUCGGUCUCCGGCGCGGUGUUCAACCUGUCCACUAGCAUCAUCGGCGCCGGCAUCAUGUCGAUCCCGGCGGCAAUGCGCGUCCUCGGGGUCGUCCCGGCGCUCGUCCUCAUCGCGGCCGUCGCCCUCCUCUCCGACGUCUCCGUGGAGUUCAUGCUGCGGUACACGGCCUGGGCCAGCGGCCCGCCCUCGUACGCGGGGAUCAUGGGCGACGCGUUCGGCCGCCGCGCCGGCGCCGCCGCGCUGAACGUCUUCAUCGCCUUCACCACCGCCGGCACCCUCGUCGUCUACCUCAUCAUCAUAGGGGAUGUGCUGUCCGGGAGCGUGGAUGGGGGAGGCGAGCACGCCGGGGUGCUGCAGGAGCUGUUCGGCCCGCAGUGGUGGACCAGCAGGGAGUUUGUGAUACUGGCCACGGCCGUCGCCGUUCUGCUGCCGCUGGUGCUCCUCCGCCGCGUCGGUGUAAGACCCUGAGACAACAUCUUCAAGAAGGAACUGUCAUUGGCAUGCCGAUGACUGAUCCAGCUACAAGUAGAACCUGGGGUCAUCGCCCUCAAGGCAUAACUUGGAGUCAACACCUUCAAAUAUGAAAAAACGCCAACCCAAAAGGAUAAAUCAUGGGUUUUCACACCGAGAGAAUAAAAUAUCUCAUGUCAAUUGCCA